UGCCAGUGCAGAUGGGCGUGGUUAGCAGCGGCGCUUCCGGUGAGGUUUCUGUGGGGCAGCGGCUGAGGAGGAGGAGGUGUUAUUAUUACCGGAGGUGACCAGAGAUUCGAGAUGUCAGAGACCGACGCGAAAACCGUGCAGGACCUCACGGAGGUGGUCCAGAAUCUGCUGCAGCAAAUGCAGGACAAGUUCCAGACCAUGUCCGACCAGAUCAUCGGGAGGAUCGAUGAGAUGAGCACUCGUAUCGAUGACCUGGAGAAAAACAUUGCUGAUCUCAUGACGCAGGCGGGCGUGGAGGAGGAGGACUCUGCUAACAAGCAGGCUGCCAAACACUGAGCGGAACGGCUCGGAUUUUCCACCAGCAGCGCAGGACAAGCGGAGGAUUGUCCUCGGUGUUUUGUCACUUCUUAGCCGUGUUGUAUAGUUAGAUGGUUAAUUUUUUUUUAUUUCAGCCAUUUUUGUGACUUAUUCUUUUCAUAUCUGCAGGAAAAUAAAUGAGAAAAGGUGA